UGUCAACCCGCGUCUACGGCGCAGUAUUACAGCAAUGGUUGCUCCUUUUGUUCAAGGGAGUUCCUGAAUUAUUCCACACACAAUGAAAUGUUCCGGAUAUAAUAUUGUUUCAUAAAAAAACAUUUCACAGUACUAGUGCUUCCCGCGCUUUCAUCUGGGAUUAUUUAAUGAAUUAAAAUCGAACUGCACCCCUUCUGAGCUGCUGUGAGGUUUCCGAAGCACGCAGUCUUUCUUGAGGAACGUGGAGUAGUAAGUGUUUAUAACGUGUAGUGUUAACGUUAAAAGAUGUAAACGUGAACACUAUCUGUCCCAGCAGUGGCUGUUGGCACAAUGGGGCUGGAUUUUGAUGUAAAGACCUUUUGUCACAACCUGCGGGCCACCAAGCCCCCAUAUGAGUGCCCUGUGGAGACUUGCCGAAAGGUCUACAAAAGCUACAGUGGCAUAGAGUAUCACCUUUACCACUAUGAUCAUGACAACCCAACACCUGCACAGACAAUACCCCAGAAAAAAAGAAAAGGUCGUCCACCUCGUGCAUCAAUGGGCGGGUCAGGAGAUACUGAUGAUGGUGGAGGUAAUGGAGGGGGAGGACUGAGUCAUGAAGGGAACACACCUGGUAGCCCUAACCGGUCAGAGCACUCUCACUCUCCGGGGAGAGAGACCAUGACCUAUGCUCAGGCACAGAGUAUGGUGGAGCUGGAGAUCCAGGGACGUAUUCACCGCAUUAGCAUCUUUGAGAACAUUGAUGUGGUGUCAGAGGAAGAUAGUGAUGCAGAGGAUGCACCACCAUCUGGAACUGGUAAUGGUGGAGGCGUGUGUAAUGGUAGUGAUGGUGGGGCUGGAGGUAGUGAAGUAAGUGGAAGCGGCAAGGAUCGUUCAGAUAUCCCAUCCUCUAAUGGAGGCAAAGCCACACCAAAGUCUGGGAAGCAUAAAAGUAAAGAGAAGAAGAAGGAAGGUUCAUCUCAUCAUAACGCUCAGUCUGGUCCUGCAGUCAAGCUCCCAGAGGCAGUGUUCAGAGAACUGGAUCAAGAGAGACCUGAUGCCCCUCCUCGACCAUCGUCUUACUACAGGUAUAUUGAUAAGUCAGUGGAAGAGCUGGAUGAGGAGGUAGAGUAUGACAUCGAUGAGGAGGACUACAUCUGGCUUGGUAUUAUGAACGACAAACGGCGGCGUGAUGGUGUGCCACCCAUCCCUCAGGAGGUCUUUGAGUAUCUCAUGGACCGCUUGGAGAAGGAGUCCUACUUUGAGAGCCACAACAAGGCGGAUCCCAGCACCUUAAUCGAUGAGGAUGCAGUCUGCUGCAUCUGUAACGAUGGAGAGUGUCAGAACAGCAAUGUGAUAUUGUUUUGUGACAUGUGCAAUUUGGCUGUACACCAAGAGUGCUAUGGUGUGCCCUAUAUUCCUGAGGGUCAGUGGCUAUGUCGUCGCUGCUUGCAGUCGCCAAGUAGAGCUGUGGAUUGUGCUCUGUGUCCCAACAAGGGAGGUGCUUUCAAACAGACAGAUGAUGCACGCUGGGCUCAUGUAGUGUGCGCCCUCUGGAUCCCAGAGGUCUGCUUUGCAAACACAGUAUUUCUGGAGCCGAUUGACAGUAUCGAGCACAUCCCUCCUGCACGCUGGAAGCUCACCUGCUACAUCUGCAAACAGCGUGGCUCAGGUGCCUGCAUCCAGUGUCACAAAGCCAACUGUUACACAGCUUUCCAUGUCACCUGCGCCCAGCAGGCAGGCCUCUACAUGAAAAUGGAGCCUGUAAGAGAGACCGGGGCCAACGGCACCUCUUUCAGCGUCCGCAAGACGGCGUAUUGUGACAUUCACACACCCCCAGGAUCAGCACGACCUUUAGGAGGAGUGGGCGGGGCCAGCAUGGGGUCAUCUCACAGUGAAGGAGAGCUGGAGGAGGAUGAUGAAGCCAGCCUCGGGCAUGACGAGGACUCCAAAGGGUGGAGUUCUGAGCGAGCAAAGAGGGCGAAGGCCAAAUCCAGGCUGAAGAUGAAACGAGCAAGAAAGAUCUUGGCAGAGAGGAGAGCUGCUGCACCAGUGGUGUCUGUGCCCUGCAUACCUCCCCACAGGCUCAGCAAAAUCACAAGUAAUUUGACGGUACCCAGGAAAAGCCAGUUCAUGCAGCGACUUCACAGCUACUGGACCCUAAAAAGGCAAAGUCGCAACGGUGUUCCUCUCCUGCGGCGGCUCCAAACCCACCUCCCCUCCCAACGGCACGUUGACCCGAUUCCACCACAGCCUUCAACACAACUUCCUAUAGUGUUUCAGAGGGACAGCGAGGAGAAACAGUCGGCCUUAAAGGAACAGCUGAAGGCAUGGCAGAGACUGAGACACGACCUGGAAAGAGCGAGGCUCCUAGUGGAGCUCAUCCGCAAGAGGGAAAAACUCAAGAGGGAGACGAUUAAGGUGCAGCAGAUGGCGCUGGAGAUGCAGCUGACUCCAUUCCUGGUGCUUCUGAGGAGUACAUUAGUUCAGUUACAGGAAAGAGACACAAACAACUUUUUCACUGAGCCUGUACCACUUGAAGAGGUGCCAGACUACCUGGAGCACAUCGACACUCCUAUGGACUUUCAGACCAUGUGGAACUUGCUAGAAUCCCAUCGCUACCUCACUUUUGAGGCCUUUGAGGCUGACUUUGGCCUUAUUGUCAACAACUGCCUCAAGUACAACGCCAAGGACACAGUGUUUUAUCGCGCUGCCCUGCGGCUCAGAGAGAUGGGUGGGUCUGUCAUAAGAACGGCCAGGCGGCAAGCUGAACGGAUAGGAUUCGAUUAUGAGACUGGAAUGCACCUCCAUCGCGAGCCAAGUCCAGACAGUCAACGUGACCACGAAAGAGACAGAGAACGAGAGAGGGAGAGAGACCGGGACAGAGAGAGAGAACGGCCGCUGUCUUCUAAUGAAGAUGACAUGCUCUUGCCAGAGAACAGACGACGACUACCGCUGGAAGAGCAGCUGCAUUUCCUGCAGGUGCAUCUCGACGAGGUCAGCUCAGGGAAGCAUAGUAUCGGUCAGUCUCGCAGAGCCAAAGCUCUCAGAAAGGAGAUCAGUGUGAUCAAGAGGAAGCUUGCACACCAACGGGAGGGAGGCUCCGGCAUGGGGGGGCGGGAGUCUGGGGGAGACCGGGGCUCUUCUCUUCCUCAUCACUCAUCAUCUGCAGGGCACCAUGAUGAGGGGGGUGAGAGCAGCAGCCAGGAGAUUGGAGGAAAGGCCCCAGAAGUUGGCCGCCGGACAUCGGUCCUUUUCUCUAAGAAGAACCCAAAAAUGGCUGGACCUCCCAAAAGGCCAGGACGCCCCCCAAAGAACAGGGAUGCUGGCUACACCGGGGCAGGGGUUAGCCAAAGCCCCAUUGGCCCCCCACAACUCACCCUGCUGUCAACAAACAGGCAGAGGAAGAGGCCUCGCAGCCCUCGCACAAGCUCCAGCUCUGACAGCGACAGCGACAAUGAUGACCUGCUCCCAGGUUUACCGAGCAAUGGUUUCGAUACAGGAAACCAACCAGUAACAGAAAGCUUCCGUGUGUACAGAAACGAGCCUCGUCUCCCUCGUUCAAGUUCAGACUCUGAGUCCACAACCAGCAGCAGCAGCAGUGCCGCUUCAGACAGGACCAGCACAACUCCCUCUAAGCAGGGCAGAGGAAAGCCUUCAUUCUCUCGUUCCGCCUUUCAUGAGGACAGCAGUGAGGAAACAUCAGGCACCGAAAAUGAUUCCUACUCAGUUGGUGGAUCACGGGGUGUCUCACAUUUGGUGCGUGGCCGGGAAAGGUCAGCAUGCUGGAUGACAUCUGAUGACUAUUCCUCUCUGGAAGCUCUGGACCUGGUGUGGGCUAAAUGCAGGGGUUAUCCUUCAUAUCCAGCUCUGAUAAUUGACCCAAAGAUGCCCAGGGAGGGUGUGUUCCAUCGGGGCGUCCCAAUCCCCGUACCUCCUUUGGAUGUGUUAAAACUUGGGGAGCAAAUGACCCAGGAAGCCAGGGAACACCUGUUCCUUGUCCUCUUCUUUGACAACAAGAGAACUUGGCAGUGGCUGCCGCGCUCCAAGUUGGUGCCGCUCGGGGUGGACCAGGAACUUGACAAGGAGAAGAUGCUGGAGGGCAGAAAAUCCAACAUUCGUAAAUCUGUGCAAGUGGCCUAUCACCGUGCCAUGCAGCACCGCAGCAAAGUCCAGGGAGACCCCAGCAGCGAAACCAGUGACAGUGACUGAACACAUACACACAAAAUUAAUGUACUGGUUCUUGUAAGUGUCCAAGAGGUAAUGCAUCAAUCUGAAGAGCCCAGUCCCAGAUCACAAGAGAUCACAAGGAAACUGUGCCAGUAGCAAAAUGUGGGAGGAAAAACAGUCACUACUUUGCCCCCCCCCGAAACUCACACUGGUGCACACUAAGCCGUAUUUAAUCUGACAUGUAAAAUAUUGUAUGUAAGGAAAAUUGGAAAAAAAAGUGAUAUUGAUAAUAAUGAUUGAAAAUAUAAUAUGUUCAGAUUCAUGAAUCAAAAUAUACCUUACAUGUGGUCGAUAUACAUUUUUAUAAGAAAUGAAAUGGUUUACUGAUUUAAACAAAAGUACCCCCCCCCCCUUAGUUUUACACGAUGAUGCAUACACAAGUCUGCCUUCCCCUGUCUCUCUUACACAUGCGGUCACACAUGUAAUCUUACAUUCAAACAGGGAAAUGCAUGUGUUGUAUGUUAAAUGCACACACUUGGGUUAUGGCUAUGAACGCCAUUCUACCAGCACAUCUUUUUCUCAUCCUUCAUCCACCUCUCCAAAAGAAAAAAAAACAGGCCUGGUGCUAACAGCUAAUACCAGAGGAGCACAAAGAGAGACUGCUGCAGCCUGACUGUGGGCGAACCAACAUUACUGUAAUUUAUUCCACUGACUUCUUGUUAACAAGAUCCACAGCGUUGUUUCAUCAUGGACUACUUCUAAUCACUCCGACUGCACAAGAUAUUGUUGUGUGGUAUAUUUUUUUGUUUGUCAGUCUGUCUCUUUUUUUUUGUUGUUGUUUUUAACAUUUUUGUUAACAUAUUUACAUGUCACUCGGGCCGCUGGUCAAUUAAUAAUGAGGACUAAACUGAAACACGAUUGCCUCACUGUCUGUCUUAGUCUCAGGCUGAAGGCUUUAGAACUUUUAUAAAUACAGAUUGCAUAAAAAUACAAGUUUAAUAAUAAAGAAAAUGACGCUUUUUUU